AUGGGUUUCUUCAACUGGGAUGACUCUCAAGGUGCUCACCAGCAAGUCUACGGUGGUGAGCAGCACGAGGCCAAGUUCUCGCACGAACUCAUUGGUGGUGCCGCCAGCUUCGAGGCUUUCAAGGCAUUUGAAGACCACCAGCGCAGGGAGGGCAAGCCCGUCUCCCACGCUUUCGCAAAGGAGCUUCUCGCCGGUUUCGCUGGCGCUGAGGUCGACAAGCUCGUCGAGACCAAGGGUCUCACUGAGUGGGACAAGAUCGAGGCCAGGCGCCAUGCUAAGGAGAACGCGGAGAACCUUUAUGACCAGCACUACGGUGGUCAGGACCAGUGGCACCCUGACUACCAGGGCCCUGGACGCUGGUAA